AUGGCUCACGAGGAGGUGUUUGCGGGACCUAUGUCGGAGAGCGUCCCAUCGAGUGUGACUGGGUUUGCCCACCGGCGAUCGAGGGCAGAUUCAGUAGCAAGUUUUACAUAUUUCCAAGAGGAUGAUGAGUCUCCUGAAUGGUCCGUGGAUCAGGCUGUCAUAGAUGAGGAGGACGAAGACACGGACAUUGGCAAGCAGCCUGGAGAAGACGUAGAGUACGAUUUGGAGUCAGGCACCAUAUCGUCCCAGAGACGCAAAUCUUCGGGUUUCUCCAAAAGUACUGCCGAAGAGCCUCUUCUUCACCGUAACGACUCUACCAAGACUGACGCGAGCGGCUUCGGACGGGGAGCAAGGUCAAGCCAGAAGAUUUAUGUUGUGUCCGAGGAUUUGACCAUCGUUGUCGCUGGGUUUAUCACAAAGCCGUUGGGCUUGAUACUUUACCUGACCUUUUGCGCUUUCUCUUUGGGCUUGGGAUACUUGAUUCUUCGCUGGCUUCCUCGUUGGCGAGUCCGUCUGACAGGAUCUCCAAAACCGUUACGCGAGUGCAACUGGGUUGUCGUUGAGAACCAAUGGGGCGAGUUUAUGGUACAAGACAUUGUCACAAUCCAAUACGGGCACGUCACUUCGACUGUCUUUGGCUUGAGGGAAAAGAAAAGCUUUCCUCUCGAUUACGAUGAGGAUGAUGACCCUAUAAUGACACAUCUGCGGUUUUUAGACUAUCGUUACAUCAGCUUCUGUUUUCACCCGUUGAAAGACAACUUUGUGCUGUGUAGCGAUUGGAAAGAUCCUGACUGGACAGACGUAAAGUUGAUCAGGGCCGGCUUGGACAGUGAUGAGCGCCAUAGGAGGGAACAGGUUUUUGGCAAGAACCAGAUCGACAUCAAACAGAAAUCUAUUCUCCAGCUACUUGUGGAUGAGGCCUUUCACCCUUUCUACAUCUUCCAGGUUGCGAGCCUGAUUCUCUGGUCCCUCGACGAGUAUUACUACUACGCAGUGUGCAUCUUCUUCAUUUCAGUAGUCAGCAUCACGACAACCUUGAUUGAAACCAGAUCAACCAUGAAACGCCUGCGCGAAAUAUCGCGCUUCGAGUGCGAGGUUAGAGUCUUGCGAAACGGGUUCUGGCGACAAGUGGAAAAUGGCGAGCUUGUGCCAGGAGAUGUAUACGAAGUUUCCGAUCCAUCUUUGACCCAAUUUCCAUGUGAUAGCCUAUUGCUCGCAGGAGACUGUAUCGUCAAUGAGAGCAUGCUUACUGGCGAGUCUGUGCCGGUCUCAAAAGUCCCGGCAACCGAUGGAUCCCUACAACUGUUGAGUAUGAGUUCAAGCACAAUGAAUCCUGAAGUCGCCAAGCAUUUCCUUUUCAGCGGGACGAAGAUCAUCAGAGCGAGGCGGCCUCAAGAAGGACAGGACGAUGAGGCCGUUGCAUUAGCUAUCGCUGUCAGGACCGGCUUCAAUACAACCAAAGGCGCUCUCGUCCGUUCAAUGCUCUUUCCCAAGCCAUCAGGGUUCAAAUUCUACAAGGAUGCCUUCCGGUAUAUAUCCGUCAUGGCUGGUGUUGCUGCGAUUGGCUUCAUUGCCUCCUUUGUAAACUUCGUUAGGCUCAACCUUGCAUGGCGUUUGAUCAUUGUUCGCGCCCUAGACUUGAUCACGAUUGUUGUCCCUCCUGCCCUGCCCGCUACCUUAUCCAUCGGAACCAAUUUCGCUCUGUCCCGAUUGAAAAAGAAGCAAAUCUUUUGCAUAAGUCCCCAAAGGGUCAACGUAGGCGGAAAGCUCGACGUCAUCUGUUUUGACAAGACUGGAACCCUGACCGAAGACGGCCUUGAUGUCUUAGGGGUAAGAGUUGUCCAUCGGCCAGCGAUGAGAUUCAGUGGCGUACUUGGUGAUUCCUCAACCCUCCUGCCUGGUGCUGCUUAUCAACGAGAUCCCACGGUUAAUUAUCAGAUCCAUAAAGCCGCUCUGUAUACAAUGGCUACUUGCCACUCCUUGCGUGUUGUGGACGAUGAGCUACUAGGAGAUCCUCUCGAUGUCAAGAUGUUCGAGUUCACUGGCUGGUCUUUCGAAGAAUUCGCACAGAAGGCAAAUGUCAUUGACCAAGAAGAUGGCCAAAACAGCCCUUCAUCGAUAGCUAGACCACCCCCUGGUCUGGAGUACGGCAUUGAUGAAAUGCCGCAAUCAGCGACUAAUGCACAGAUCGAGCUAGGGAUUCUGAAGUCCUUCGAAUUUGUGUCACAGUUGCGUCGAGCUAGUGUUGUCGUUGGUCAAUCUGGCUUUCCAGGUGGUGACAUCUACGUAAAAGGAGCACCCGAGUGCAUGACAGACAUCUGUCGACAGGAUAGCUUUCCUGUUGAUUACGACGACCUGCUUAGCUUUUACACUCAUAGGGGCUUUCGGGUCAUCGCCUGCGCAACCAAGCAUAUCGAAGCGCUGAAUUGGACAAAGGUGGAGACGAUGAGGCGCCAGGAUGCUGAGUCUGACCUCGAUUUCCUUGGCUUCAUUAUUUUUGAAAACAAGUUGAAACCUUCCACUACAGGAGUAAUCGAUGAACUCAAUGAUGCCGACAUUCGAAAAGUCAUGUGUACAGGAGACAACAUACUCACAGCGAUUAGUGUGGCCAGAGAGUGUAAUUUGGUUGAUCGUACAGCUCAUUGCUUCAUUCCACAUUUCGUGGAUGGCGACUACCGAGACCCUAAAGCUCUUUUGAAAUGGCAGAGCAUUGACAACUCGCUCUUUGAAUUGGACGAUAAUACACUCAUGCCUUUGCCACCACCCGCAGAAGCCGACGCCUCAUUACCAUAUGACAUUUCCAACCUUCGAAACUACUCACUCGCUGUGAGUGGAGAUGUCUUUAGAUGGAUUAUUGAGUUUGGUAGCGAAGACGUACUGAAGAGGAUGCUUGCCCGUGGUCAAGUCUUCGCACGAAUGUCGCCAGAUGAAAAGCACGAAUUGGUGGAGAAGCUGCAGAGUUUAGACUAUUGUUGCGGUUUCUGCGGUGAUGGGGCGAACGACUGCGGAGCUCUAAAGGCCGCGGAUGUCGGCAUAUCUCUCUCUGAGGCGGAAGCCUCUGUAGCAGCGCCAUUCACAAGCCGGGUCUUCGAUAUAUCUUGCGUCCCUGAGGUCAUCCGUGAAGGACGUGCAGCUCUUGUGACGAGCUUUUGCUGUUUCAAGUAUAUGAGCCUCUACUCCGCGAUCCAGUUCACAUCGGUCAGCUUCCUCUAUGCCUCUGCCUCAAACUUAGGGGAUUUCCAGUUCUUGUUCAUAGAUAUUCUCUUGGUGCUGCCAGUCGCAAUCUUUAUGGGAUGGACUGGUGCCUAUCCAACGCUGUGUAGCAAGCGACCAACUGCGAGCCUUGUGUCUCGAAAAGUCCUCACCCCGUUGUUGGGUCAAGUCCUGCUGUGCAUAAUUAUCCAGUUGGUUGGCUUCGAAUUCGUACAACGGCAGACAUGGUUCAUUCCUCCACAGCUGGACACCCAAAAGUCCAAUAUAAAGAAUUCGGAAAACACGACUCUCUUCUUGAUAUCCUGUUUCCAGUACAUAUUCUCUGGGAUUGUGCUCAGUGUUGGCCCGCCGUUCAGGCAAUCAAUGCGAAACAAUCUGCCCUUCGUGGUGACCAUUGUCGCGACUUCCCUGUUUUCUGCCUACAUGCUGUUCGACCCCGGAGCCUGGCUUGCCAACCUUAUGCAAUUGACAGACAUGUCUGUUGAUUUCAAGGUCUUCGUGCUCGUCUUAGCACUAGGCGGUCUGGCAUGCGCAUGGAUAGCUGAGAGGCGAGUGUUCCUAUGGUUGGCACGGCUCCUUGGGGAGCUGCAUGAUACGCUAUGGCCUCAUCGCCGCAAGAAGCAAAAGGAAUACAAACGUCUUUUGCAAGAGAUGCGGAUGUAG